AUGUAUUCUCCCACAGUGUCUCCUACAGGCCUGGAGCCAGAGUUUGGCUCAGGUUUAGAUGCUGAAAGCAAUGAAGACAUGAAUAAAGAUGAGACCAGUAUCAAUCUGACCGAAUCAGACGGUGCCGUCUGGAUAAACACGACCUCUCAAAGUCUCCAGAACAGCAAAGUGCUUGAAUGUUCAAAGGUUAAAGGUCAAAUACAGAUGGAACACUCAGAUCCUCCAUGGCCAUCGGCGCCAGAUGUAAUUGCUGAAGAGGAAAGUUCAAAUAUAAGAUCAGUUUCAGUCGUAAAUCAGGAAGGUGUGAUGGCUGCUGCCAUGGAAGCCGGCGAUGACAUCAUUCCGGGUAAUAAAGGUACGCUUUCAGGGACCAUGAGGCCAAGAACAGAUGAUAUGGAUGAUGAAAUAUCUCAGCAUCCAGACACGGCGUCGCCAAACAAGAUGAAGAUCGUCGAGGAAGAGACGGAAAUGAAUGAGAGUUUUAUUUUACCAGAACUGCAAAGUUGUGAUCUGACUCCUGAAGUCUUUCUGAAAGGAACCAGAGAAGAACCGGCCACACCCACACUGCGAGAUCAGAAUCUCAUUGGCCCACCAGGAAACACAGGACUACAGGGACAUCAGGGUCCUCCUGGUCUUCCUGGAGUUCCAGGAUCAAAAGGAGAAAAGGGCUAUGCAGGAGUAAUGGGUCGUACCGGAAGGACGGGAUACAGAGGCCCGAUCGGCCCACCCGGCAUUCCUGCCAUCCUCGUAUGGAUGACAUCGGAGGAAGAAUGGCUAGAGUUUCAGAAGAGUAAACUCUACAAGAAGCUCAUGGUGUCGUGGCCGCUCCACAAAGGAUUAGCAGGACCACAGGGACAACCCGGAGAUCCUGGUCCACCUGGUCGCCUAGGAGUUCCAGGAAAACAGGGCAAGAAAGGAGUCACAGGACCGAUUGGAAGAGCAGGGCCACCUGGGUUACCUGGACCCUCUGGAAGACCAGGUCAAGAUGGUACACCAGGAACAGAUGGAGAACCAGGCCAACCGGGAACACGAGGAGAAAACGGUCUACCUGGAUACCAAGGAGAUCGAGGCAGUAAAGGGGAGCUGGGUGAGUGGGGUUACACUGGAGAACCGGGACCUCGGGGCGAGAGGGGCAGGAAUGGGCAGAAGGGAAAUAAAGGGGAAAUUGGUCUGAGCGGAAUAACAGGCUACGCUGGGACACCUGGACCUCGUGGACAGAGAGGAUUCAUGGGAGCACCUGGUCCUCCUGGAGAACCUGGAUGGCCCGGUUUUACAGGAGCUCCAGGUCCAACAGGUCUUAUGGGGCAGAUAGGUGUCAAAGGAUUGGGUGGAGUCAAAGGACCUCCUGGUCAGCCUGGUGAAAUCGGAGCAAGAGGAGAGGCGGGGAAACUAGGAGAUCCGGGUUCUGAUGGCAUAAUGGGAUUUCAUGGAGACGCCGGGCCGCAGGGUGAACCAGGGCGAGAAGGACCUCCAGGUCCUAAAGGAGAUCCUGGACAGAUUGGAACUGAAGGAUCCAUUGGAGACCAAGGACCACCAGGACCACCAGGCACUGCUGGAAAAGCUGGAAAGCCAGGACCCUCAGGUGAUCCAGGUCUGAAAGCUGAGAAAGGAGAUAAAGGCGAUCUCGGUAAAAAAGGAGAACAAGGUUCUCCAGGCUCUCUGGGUUUGCCUGGAUUCCGUGGUCGAGCGGGUCGUUCUGGCAUUCAGGGAGAACCUGGGCCAAUUGGAUUUGCUGGAUCACCAGGACCACAAGGUUUGGAAGGAGGCACUGGAGAUCAGGGAAAAGAGGGCAAAGAUGGCCCCAAGGGAGAACGAGGUCCGGAUGGUGUAACUGGAGUUCUGGGACCAAGAGGUGAUAAGGGUCGAAUUGGACGUGGUGGAUUCAGUGGUCUGCCUGGACCUUUGGGGCCAAUGGGGAAAUCAGGAGAGCACGGACCUGAAGGAGAGCCUGGGUAGAAUAGGAUUUCCUGGAGGGCCUGGAGCUAAAGGUUUGAAGGGUCUGCAGGGUUUUUCAGGGAUUCGUGGCCAAGAUGGAAUUCACGGUUCUCCAGGACUCACAGGAGCAA